UUUCCGCAUAUAUGUGUAUGUAUUAGUUCGAUGCUAAGCGAUGAAAAAAUAUUUUUAAUAACAAACAGUAUAAACAGUGUGUUUAUAUAAAACAGUAUAUAAACAACGUUCUAAAGCAGCCACUAGACGGGGCGUAUGAUCAACAUUUAAUUGGGAAAACAUUUUACAAAAACAACUAAUUAUGAGACAAAUUCUGCUGAAUGUUUGGAACAUUAUUCCCUUAUUCGGCGCUUUUAAUGCCAUAUUAGCGAUUUGCGUUUCUGAUGGUUGCUCAACCAUUAAAGAGAUAAACCACGAAUCAGAACAAAUGGAAUUGGAGAAAGCUUUUACUAUGGAGCGAAGCAUUAAGUUUGACAGUCUGAAACCUGUGUACGUUGCUAAAACCAAUAUACGAGUUAAACGAAGCGAUACUGCUCAAAAUCGGAGUAGACGUCUCAAAAGCAAUUCUGUGGCAACCAGUAAAGUUAACUUAAAACGACGCCGUAAGAAAUUGUUUGUGCCAGUUAUAUGUGGUUAAGGGAAGUUAUGACCUUAGAGGACUACCGCCACAAAGUUCAUGCCGCAGAGAAACAACGUGAAGAGCGACAUCGAACACAAUAUGAAGAACGCCGAGAAGAGUACGGUGAAGAUGAAGAAGUGCUAGAACAUACCCCACUAUUAUAUAAUAUUUAAAGUAUUUUAGUAAAAUUCGAAAAUGGUUAUUAUAUCAGAAAAUAUAUUAUUUAUUAACAAAAGUUUUGUGCUUCAUAAUUUUAAACUAUACCUAUUUUGACAGUAAUGUAGGAAGUUAGGUUACAUAGUUUACUCGAAUUAGUGUGCAAUCAGUCAAACUUAUUGCUACUUCUUCAGAUCCAGACUCAGCAUAUUAUAAAGCAAUUUAGGGAGAAAUGCGAAACAAAUUAAUUAUUUCUUGAUUAAUACACUCUACCUUUAAGUAAGAUUAUGUUGAAAUGACAAUUCUCUCCGCAGAUACUGUUCUAGAUAAACUAACAGAUAUUGUCACUGCUUUUUAUGUUCUCAUAUGCUGUAUCCUUAAACCAUUUAAGAAUCCUCGAAGAACAAUGUAUAAACGCAAUCUCAUACGACCAUAAUUUAUUUAUU